CUCAGCAGAAGCUGGGAUCCAUUGCUCCGACAACAGCAAAGGAACAAGGACUUGGGUGGAUCCAGUGACAGACACGGACAUGGCCCUGAGGGGACCUUGCCCCUUGCUCUUCCUGACCCUCAUCCUGCUGGUCACUGGCCUGGCCCAGAUCAUCAGACCACCUGACAGUUACCAAAAGUUUGUGAGCGAACAUGUUGAUUUCCCCAAGACCAGACCCCCCCGUGGCCAGACCUACUGCAACUACAUGAUGUGGCGACUGAGCCAGAAGAUCCAUAUGUGCAAACUCACCCACACCUUCAUCCACGCCCCCAUCAGCCGGCUUCGGGCCAUCUGCACCACUGGAGGGAGAUGCAACCAAAACAAUGUAUGUGACAGCAAUGCAGCUUACCCCCUCACCACCUGCCGCUUGCGCAGCCCACCCCGCCCACUGCGCUGUAUCUACAGGGGAAUACGCCGGACCCGCAGGAUCCGCGUGGCCUGUGUCUGGGGGCUGCCCGUGCGCUUCAUCAGAGUCCUGUAG